ACACUGCUCCUGCACUUCCUGCUCGUGUUGUGAUGAGCUGGAAGCGGCGGCUCGUUCUGCGUUCUGCUUGGACUUUUGUUGACGCUCGCUGACUCGUCCACGUCGACCUGUCGCUGGGACGCAGACGGAGGCGAACAUGGACAAACGGAGGCGGCUCUCGGCGGCGCCGGCGUUCGUCUGCGCCCUGUUGUCUUCCUGUGUUUGUGUCAGCAGCCUUGGACAGAUUGACCCACUAGUGUACGACGAGCAGCUGCUGUGGGUGAGCGGGGCCCAGGGGCAGGUCAACACGUACAGGAUCCCGCUGCUCACCUUUACUACGCAGGGAAGCCUGCUGGCUUUCGCUGAGGCCAGAAAAUCAAGUUCUGCCGACGUGGGAGCGAAGUUCAUCGCAUUGCGGAGGUCCACCGACAAAGGAGCCACCUGGUCCCCAACUUCCUUCAUUAUUGAUGAUGGAUCCAACCCAGACGGUCUGAACCUGGGCUCUGUGGUGGUGGAUGAGGAAGAGGGCUCAGUGAUUCUGAUCUACACCCUUUGUUUCCACCUUUACCACUGUGAACCGUCCAGCACCAUGAUGGUGCAGAGCUGGGAUGACGGCCUCAGCUGGAGCUCGCCCAAAAACCUCUCGGUCCAGCUUGGUGUCAAGGCCUUCGCUGCCGGUCCGGGCUUUGGCAUCCAGAAGCGCUACGAGCCAGCCAAGGGGAGGCUGGUGGUGUGCGGUCAUGGAACAAUAGAGGGGGACGGUGUUUUCUGCAUCUUGAGUGACGACCAUGGACAGAACUGGUACAACGGCGCAGCGUUGAAAAGCAUCCCCUACAACCAGAAGAAGAAAGCGCAGGACUUCAACCCCGACGAGUGUCAGCCAGUGGAGCUGAGGGACGGCAGCAUCAUCAUCAACGUGCGGAACCAGAACAACUACCACUGUCGGUGUCGCGUGGUAGUGCGGAGCCUCGACGGGGGACUGACCCUGCCCAUAGACUAUCUGUUCUUCGAUUACACACUGGUGGAUCCUGUCGUAGCAGCUAGCGCUCUUCAGAAAGAAGGGGUGCUCUAUUUCACCAACCCCUCAAACGAGUUCAACCGAGUAAAUCUAACCUUACGCUGGUCGUUAACCGACGGCCAGUCCUGGGAGAAGAACGCUGUGCAGAUAUGGGCCGGACCAAGCGGCUAUUCGUGCAUGACGUCACUGGAUAGCGCUUCUGUGGAGGACCGCAAGUAUAUCUACGUCCUCUAUGAGAAGGGCCACAAGGACGUUUAUGAGACGGUUUCCUUUGCAAAGGUCCACCUGUAUGGUGGCCAGUAGGAGGUUUAAAAUGCUGGAGGGAAGAACAGGAAGGAAGAGGGUGUUUAGUUCUACAACUUUCUCAGGAAUAAAAUAAAAGACUUUUUCACGAUAAUAAAUAUUGAUAAUGAACUUGAAACCUGCAACGAGGCUUUGAUAUUUUCCUCUGUUCAAAUUUCUCGUCAUUGAUCAAGUUGCAACUCUCACAUUCUUGUGUUUAAAUGUGUGAUGCUAAGAAUUUGCACAGCCACAAUAUAUUUAGUGUUUCUUCUUUUAAUAGAAGAGGAAGAUUUGACAGUGUGAAUGUUGACACUAGUGAAGCUAUACUAUAAUCAUCAUUACACAAUAAGCAGACUACUCCAUUGUUGAUUAGUCAAAAUGAAACACUGCAUCAACUAUCAGUUAGAACUAACUUUAAAAUGUCAGAUGGAUCCAUAUUUGUAAUUGUAACGAAGACCAGUUUUGCUUUUGUUAACAUGCUGAUGGAAAUUGUCUCUUUCUAUUCGGAUGCAGAAGCCUUGCAAAGCAAUGUUAGUAGUUUAAUGUGAGCGUGUGCCUUUUAUGUGAGAUUCUCUGAUGGGAGAUUGUGAUGAAAGUGAGAUGUGAAUGUGAGGAGAUAUGAGCACACUUCGGCUGAAUUAUUCUCUUUUGUGCAAAAUCAGGUGUCCAGUUGUGCCCCGUAUUAGGUGUAGUUUGAAGCUUGUUAAAUGGAUUCUAGUUGUAAAGAUUUUUUUUCAGCAGUGAAAUAUAUAUUUUUACAAUUGUAUACCCUUUUACAUACAAAAUUGUAUUGUUACAGCUUUGCAGUGCCAUUUAUGACUUAGACAAAUAAGAAAGCACAUUAAAGUCUUUUUUUCUUAUUGAAGACACAAUAAAUGAGCGAAAACCUCC